AUUCAAUAGGGACCUAAGUUGGAGAACUAGGGUACAACUCCUCCCAAUUCCUUGCAAUAGCUCCAACAAUUUCAAGAUUACAACAGAAGCUGUCAAAGAAGCAUAUGAAAAAGCCCAACAAUCAAAUACCAAAAUCAAAGGCUUAAUCUUAACCAACCCUUCAAAUCCAUUAGGCACAACUUUAGACAAAGACACAUUAAAAAAUCUCUUAACCUUCACAAACAAACACAACAUCCACCUUGUUAGCGACGAAAUUUAUGCAGCCACUGUCUAUGAUUCUCCAGAAUUUGUCAGCAUUGCUGAAAUUAUGGAUGACGAAAUGGAUAAAAUGGAUCAGUGUUUUAAUAAAGAUUUGGUUCAUAUUGUCAAUAGUCUUUCAAAAGACAUGGGAUUUCCAGGAUUCAGAGUUGGAAUUAUUUAUUCUUUUAACGAUGUUGUGGUAAGUCGUGCUAGAAAAAUGUCGAGUUUCGGUCUAGUGUCAACUCAGACACAACAUUUACUAGCUACAAUGUUGUCUGACGAUGAAUUCGUCGACAAAUUUCUCGUUGAAAGUUCAAAGAGGUUGCGAAAAAGGCACAAAAAAUUCACAACAGGACUUGAAGAAGUUGGAAUAAAUUGCUUAAAAGGAAAUGCUGGACUUUACUGUUGGAUGGAUUUAAGACCACUGUUAAAAAAACCAACAUUUGAUUCUGAGAUGGCAUUAUGGAAACUGAUUAUAAAUGAUGCGAAGCUUAAUGUUUCACCUGGAUCUUCUUUUAACUGUCCUGAGCCAGGUUGGUUUCGGGUUUGUUUCGCGAAUAUUGAUGAUCAAACGGUGGAGAUUGCACUUGGAAAAAUUCAAGUUUUAGUGGAAAAUGGAGUGGAGAAGAAGCAACCAUGGAAAAGGAACAAUCUCGAAAGUCUUCACUGGUCUAGCAGUAAUCCUCUUGAGUUAUCUCCCCCAGGAUACAACAAUCAGAUCACGUCGUAUGACUCAAACAAAAAGUGA